UACUUUCCCGACUUCACUCGUCAGGUCAGGCAGAGCUGGUCAGGCUACCUGCGCAUCCAGCAUGGCGACUCCUCUCACCGACCAGGAGAAGCGCAAGCAGAUCAGCAUCAGGGGGAUCGUGGGGGUGGAGAACGUUGCAGAGCUUAAGAAGGGUUUCAAUCGCCACCUGCACUUCACCCUGGUCAAAGACAGGAACAUCGCAACGCCCAGAGAUUAUUACUUUGCCUUGGCCCACACCGUGAGGGACCACCUGGUGGGGAGAUGGAUCAGGACACAACAGUUUUACUAUGAAGCAGAUCCAAAAAGGGUGUAUUAUCUGUCUCUGGAGUUCUACAUGGGCAGAACGCUCCAGAACACCAUGAUCAACCUGGGUCUGCAGAACGCCUGCGAUGAAGCCAUUUACCAGCUUGGCCUGGACAUGGAGGAACUAGAGGAGAUGGAAGAGGACGCAGGGCUGGGAAAUGGAGGUCUGGGGAGGCUGGCAGCUUGCUUCUUGGACUCCAUGGCCACCCUGGGUCUUGCAGCCUACGGUUAUGGCAUCCGAUAUGAAUAUGGGAUAUUUAAUCAGAAGAUAAGAGAUGGUUGGCAGGUGGAGGAAGCAGAUGACUGGCUGAGGCAUGGGAACCCCUGGGAAAAAGCUCGUCCUGAGUACACGCUGCCAGUUCACUUCUAUGGACGUGUAGAGGAGACUAAAGACGGCCCUAAAUGGGUCAACACUCAGGUAGUCCUAGCGAUGCCUUACGACACACCUAUUCCUGGCUACAUGAACAACACUGUGAAUACCAUGAGGUUGUGGUCUGCCCGCGCCCCCAAUGACUUCAACUUAAGAGACUUUAACGUUGGAGAUUACAUACAGGCUGUUCUGGACAGAAAUCUGGCAGAGAACAUCUCGCGCGUGCUUUACCCAAAUGACAAUUUCUUUGAAGGAAAAGAACUUCGUCUGAAGCAGGAGUACUUUGUCGUGGCAGCCACACUCCAAGACAUCAUCCGCCGCUUCAAGACCACUAAGAAGGGCAGCCCAGGUCGUACCUCCUUCGACAGCUUUCCAGACAAAGUUGCAAUCCAGCUGAAUGACACUCAUCCGGCCAUGGCCAUCCCCGAACUGAUGAGAGUCUUUGUGGACAUUGAGAAACUCGACUGGGACACGGCCUGGGACCUCACCAGACGUACAUUUGCUUACACCAACCAUACAGUCCUCCCUGAGGCUCUGGAGCGCUGGCCUGUGGAGCUACUGGAGAACCUGCUGCCCAGACACCUGCAGAUCAUAUACCAGAUAAACCAGGUCCACUUGGAUAAUAUCGCUGCUCUCUUCCCAAAAGACAUCGACAAGUUGAGGAAGAUGUCUCUGAUCGAGGAGGACGGAUGUAAGAGGGUGAACAUGGCACACCUGUGCAUCGUGGGUUCCCACGCUGUCAACGGAGUUGCUGAGAUACACUCCAACAUCAUCAAGACAGAAGUAUUUCGUGAUUUCAGUGACCUAGAGCCAAAUAAGUUCCAGAACAAAACCAACGGCAUCACUCCCAGACGCUGGCUGCUCCUCUGCAACCCCGGACUGGCUGAGCUUAUAGCCGAGGUCAUUGGGGAAGAUUAUGUGAAGGACCUCAGCCAGCUGCAGAAGCUGAAUGAUUUUGUUGACGAUGCCGCCUUCAUCCGGGACAUCUCCAAAGUAAAACAGGACAACAAGCUGAAAUUUGCCCAGUACCUGGAGAAGGAGUACAGGGUUAAAAUUAACCCAAACUCCAUGUUCGACGUCCACGUCAAGAGAAUCCAUGAGUACAAGCGACAGCUCCUCAACUGCCUGCACAUCAUCGCCAUGUACAACCGCAUCAGGAAGAACCCCACGGCGACUUUUGUACCACGGACUGUGAUCAUCGGUGGAAAGGCUGCACCAGGAUAUCACAUGGCAAAAAUGAUCAUCAAGCUCAUCACCUCAGUGGCUGAUGUGGUGAAUAAUGAUCAUAUGGUGGGAAAUAAACUGAAAGUCAUCUACCUGGAGAACUACAGAGUCUCCCUUGCAGAGAAAGUAAUACCUGCCACAGAUUUGUCAGAGCAGAUCUCCACUGCUGGCACAGAGGCUUCAGGAACAGGCAACAUGAAGUUCAUGCUAAACGGAGCUCUGACCAUCGGCACCAUGGAUGGAGCCAACGUGGAGAUGGCCGAAGAAGCAGGGGAGGAGAACCUCUUCAUCUUUGGCAUGAGGGUGGAGGGUGUAGCAGAAAUGGACAAAAAGGGAUAUGAUGCCAUGGAAUUCUACAAGAAAAUUCCUGAGCUGAAAGAAGUGAUGGAUCAGAUCACAUCUGGAUUUUUCAGCCCUAAAAAUCCAAAACUUUUCAAGGAUCUUACCGACAUGUUGUUCAAGCACGAUCGGUUCAAAGUGUUUGCAGAUUUUGAGGCCUACAUGAAAUGCCAAGAAAAAGUCAGCAAACUCUAUCAGAAUCCAGUGAAGUGGACGAAGAUGGUGAUCAAAAACAUUGCUGCCACGGGAAAGUUCUCCAGCGACAGGACCAUCGCAGAAUACGCCACCGAGGUGUGGGGCGUGGAGCCCACCGACUUGAAGAUCCCGCCGCCAAGUGAACCCAGAGAGGCCAUCGUGGAAACUGCCAGAGCUCUAAAGAAAAUGUGAAGCCGCUCCACAACCAAAAUGCUGCCUUUGUUUACAACACAUUCAACUGCCUCCAUUCACUACCUGUAGCCACCAUGAAACGCGUCUCUAAACUGCUCUGCGGACUUAAGGUGCUUUUAGAAACGCACAUACUUUUACUUCUUUUUAACAUCUGAGUCAAAGCACUGGUAUUUGUUUGGUUCAAACGCAUUCGUGACUCACUGGGGAAGAGAAAGCUCAAGGAAUUUAUUUCUAACAUUUGUCAGGUUCAAGAUGAGCAGAUGUUACAGAAGUUUAGUAAGAUCUCAGUCGCACAGCAGCUGAAUAAAACGUGUUUAUUGUUACAUUUGUGUGGCUUUAUGUGGGUCGUUCCAACAGCUGUAUAUCUGUACUUGUAGAAUUUAUUUGCAUCAGUAUCAGUUGGACAAAUGGACACAACUUCAUUUGAAAUAAUAAAAAAGUCACUGUAAAAUUA